GCAAAUUACCAAUAUUUUUCUAUGCAAGAUGACAUUUUUAUUAUUUUCAAAAAUCGCCGCUAGAUUACUGUAGUGUCGUUAUCUUAUUCUUAUCGCAUAAUCGCUUAUCUGUAAUCAUGAAUAGUGGCUCAAAUCCAUAAAGUAAUUACUCUAAGCACAGAUCUAGUUUAAUUUCUUAUUCUUUUUUUUGCUAUUAAAAUAAACUUUAUAUUAUUGCGAUGCAAGGUAAACAAAAAAAAAAAAAACUUAUUUAAACAACCCAAGCUUGUGAUGUGUUAUACAAGAAACAAGAAAUCUUUAAACCGCUGUACUAGAAAAUUUACUUUUUUGAGUUGUAUCACAGUUCUUGUGCACCAACGAUAUUAUCUAAGUAGAAUUGGCGAUUAAAUUUGCAAAACCGUAAAUUACCUCUACAGAAUUUAUUAAGCAUACCGUAGACCAUCACGUCAUGAUGAAUCGGAACAAUUAUACUCGUGUUCGAUAUGGUGUUAAAUGUGUUUUAAAAACGUGUAAGAACAAAAUGUCAGAAAAUCGUAGUAUAAGUUAUUUUUCAUUUCCUGUACAAGAUCCAAUCAAAUGUGCAAAAUGGAUUGAGAGCUGUGGUCUAUCAAUUCCACUCGAUGUUGUUUUAAAUAAACAUUACAGGGUUUGUGGUGAACAUUUUGAGAAAAAUAUGUUUUUGAAUGAUCUUCAAAAUAGACUUCAACCACAUGCUAUUCCUGUAUUGAAUACUGAAUUGAAUGAUGGCAAUAAGCAAGUAUGCCCUUCAACUAAAAAUGUACAGGAACAUGAAGUAAAUAAAAAUAAAAAAAAAAUUACAACUACAAAGAAUCCCCCUUGCUCUACCCAAACCCUUGCUGUUAACAAAAACAAAAGAAAAUUAAACAUGUCUGAUUCAAAUAAAAUUGAUAAAUGUCCUUCAUCAUUUGCGAAGCAUGGUAACAAGGGUUAUAAAAAUCGAAGGAAAUUUAUUGCUAUCCCUAAAAAUGUCUUUGAAAAAAUUGCUGACAAAAUUAAAAAUAGUGUUCCCAAUAUUGUAAUUAGUCAGCUUCAUAAUGAUUUUCAUUGCAAUGAUGUUGAAAAGAAAAAUCUUGAUGUUCAAAAGAAUGUUAACAAAACCGAGGUUGGAUCCCAUAAAUCCCAACUACAAAUUGAUACUCCAAUUUCUGAGACUCAGAGGAAAAAAAAACCAGAAACUGUUAUUAAAAAUGCAAUGAGUAUGGAAUCAAGUUGGAAUGUGUUAAGGGAACACAAUUAUUUUAAUAAUCGUGGACAAAAAAACAAACGAUGGUCUUAUGAAAAAUAUGAAUCUUUAUUAUCUUCUGAAAAAAAAAAUGAUGAUGCUUUACCAGAAUGGUAUAAAAUCGAUAGUGACGAUGAAGAUGCAAAUAGUGAUACUGAAAUAAAAUCUCUUGCCCAGUUAUUGAGAUUAGAAUAUGAAAAAGAUUUACCGUUUUAAAAUCAGAAUAUUAAAUAUUUUAAUAUUAUUUUAUUGCCAUAAUUUUCUAUUGAGCCUGCUUUGUCUAUUUGGUGGAACUAUUCUUCCAUCAUCUCAAAAAAGCUACUACCUACAUGAAAUAUUAUGGUUUGUAUAUUAUGGAAUAUAACUAUUAUAAAAGUCAAAAUGGAAAGAACUUAUUGUAAGUUAU